AUGCCAACUUCCCCUGAAUAAAACGACACUUCACUGCCACCAUCAUCACCCCAAAAUGCCUCCUCCGGCGAUCUUCUCCGGCACCGUCCUCCUCCCCCUCCUCCUCUUCCAAUUCUUCAACCUAACGACGUCGUUUACCGAGCCUAACUUCUCCCCAUUUUCCGGCUGCGAUGGUACUUUCUCAUGUGGCAAUAUCCACAACCUGAGCUACCCUUUCACCGGCGGUAACCAGCCGGACCACUGUGGCCCACCGGAGUUCCACCUCAGCUGUGUUAAUAACAGUUACCCAGAGUUAACAGUUAAUUCAGUUGUAUACAGGGUUCUUGAAGUCAACUUGACCGGAACCAGCCUGGUUCUAGCCAGAUCAGACUUAUGGAACAAUACAUGUCCUACUAAGUUUCUGAAUUCUUCUCUUGAUCCAAACAUUUUUGAUUCGGAUAAUGGUCAGAAUGUUGAUCUUACAAUAUUCUAUGGGUGUAGCUCAUCACCCGUGUUGGUUCAACAGCAGAAUCGGUUUUAUUGUGAUGUGGGUGGUGUGGAUCUUACGGAUUCGUUUUUUAUAAUCGGGGAGGUCCCGAUUGAUCCGAUACGGAAGAUGAUACAUUGUAGGAAUGGUGUGACGGUUCCUUUGUUGAAAAGUGUUGGUGCUGAGCUUAACCGGAGCUUGUUAACUCUUGCGGAAGCCCUUACGAGGGGUUUUGAGGUGGUUUAUAGUGAUCCGUAUGGCGAUCGGUGUGAUGAGUGUGGAAGAUUGGAUGGGGAGUGUGGGUUUGAUGUUGGUACUAGGCAGUUCGCUUGUAUUUGUGAUAGUAGGAUAUGUAGCACCCCAGGGAAUUCGAAGAAAGGGUCUCUGAUUUUAACUAUAAUUGUUCCGACCGUUGGAGUAAUUCUUGUUGGUGCUGCGAUCGGAUGGGGAUUUUUGGUUUGCAGACGAAGGAGGAGAAGGCGCUCAACAAAAGAAGUGUCUACCACCCAAACCGAGAGUAAAUCUAUUCUAACUAGUGGUCCGAGUAGUAGAUUCUAUAGUGAUGCUCAAUCGGAUUUCAAUUCCAGCAUACCUUCAUAUCGUUCAUCUAAAAUAAGUAAAGAGUUUGGAAAAUGUUCUUAUUUUGGGGCUCAAGUUUUCACCUAUGAAGAACUAGAAGUAGCUACCGAUAACUUUAGUGAUUCAAGAGAACUUGGUGAUGGCGGUUGUGGAACUGUGUACCAUGGCAAGCUUCUUGAUGGUCGCGAAGUUGCUGUGAAGCGUUUAUAUGAACACAAUUACAAACGGGUGGAGCAGUUCAUGAACGAGGUUGCGAUCCUGACCAGAUUAGACCAUGAAAACCUUGUGAAAUUGUACGGUUGCACCUCAAAACGAAGCAAAGAAUUACUCCUAGUUUAUGAGUACAUUUCCAAUGGUACGGUUGCUGAUCAUCUUCAUGGAAAGCUGGCUAAAUCAAACUCGGGCUUGCUUACAUGGUCUGUGCGUCUAAACAUAGCUAUAGAAACAGCCAAAGCGCUAGCCUAUCUUCACGAGUCAGACAUCAUUCACCGAGACGUGAAAACCCACAACAUUCUGUUAGAUAAAAGAUUUCGGGUCAAAGUUGCUGACUUUGGGCUGUCAAGAUUGUUUCCAAACAACGCCACACAUGUAUCCACCGCCCCACAAGGAACACCUGGCUAUGUUGAUCCUCAAUAUUACCUAUGUUAUCAAUUGACAGACAAGAGUGAUGUUUUCAGCUUUGGAGUUGUUUUAAUCGAACUCAUUUCUUCAUUACAAGCGGUUGACAUCAGUAGAGAUAGGCUCGAUAUAAACCUGGCUGCAAUGGCCAUCAACAAGAUCCAAAGCCAUAGGCUGGAUCAGUUGGUUGAUAAGAAUAUUGGGUUUGAGACAAAUGGCUUGGUUAGGAGGAUGAUCACCUUGGUGGCUGAGCUGGCGUUCCGGUGUCUACAACAGGAGUCGGUUAUGAGGCCGACAAUGAAAGAAGUGGUGGAAAUUUUAAUGGGGAUUCAGAAUGAUGAGUUGAAUGCUCAGAAACCCGAGGUGCUUGACAUAGGGGUGGAUGAUGGUGCAUUGUUUAAGGAUCAGAAUACGGAACCACCGUCGCCUGAUUAUGGGGUCACAAACAAAUUGUACGGCAGUUGUAUGCCAAAUUCAUCCGAUGGUUGAUCGAUUUCUUGCUUCUAAAUCUCCUUUUAUGAUAGAUAUUUACAGAGAAUGUAAAUAACAAAGUUUUAGAGCUACCAAAAUCAUAAUCAUAUAUUUUCCGGAUGUAACACUAGUUUGAAGUUCAGUAUUGAUUUUGAAGCAUAUGUGUGUGUUUUUGUUCCUAAACUAAUUAAGUUGUAACACUCUUUAUUUUUUGUUUG